UUAUGAGUUGCACGGUGAAUACAACCAUGGUUUCUGGUAAAACGAUAGUUUUUCGGUUUUAGUAUUCAGUAAUUAUUAAUAGCAGCCGGUAUGCAAUUUAUUAUUUUAGCACUUGUUAGUAUACGAAUACAAAAUAGCGAUUGUUCGGUGUAACCGAUUUGAAAACCGGUAACACCGUUAUUCGUCCGUAUAAGGCGCAAGUUGUAGAUAUUCCUACGCUAAAAAUUGGAAGAAAAUUAUCAUUAUCACAGCCGCAGUGACCAGUAGUCAAGCCUCAGCAGAGUGAAAAUGGUUUCAAGCAUCGGCUACAUUCACACGAGACGUGAUGCGGCGGUGUUGAUAUUGGUGGUAGUCAGUGGUGGACUGAUCACGCAAUCAUUUGCAGACCAUACGAAAGUCCAAGGUAAGAGACAGUUGGAAAAUGAAUGGGCGUCUACGUCGAAAAAAGACCACAAAGGGCCAAAUACGUACGAGUUUCGAUACGACGUGGAAAAUGCUCCCACGAACAACAUACAGUACCGGAUGGAAGAACGUCAUCCCAACGGAAGUGUUGUGGGAAGUUAUGGACAAGUCCAACCCGACGGUAAAAUAAGAGUCGUGUCAUACGUGGCGGACAAGGACGGUAUUAAGACUUACGUUAAGGACGGCGGUGGUGGUGGCGGCAACGGAGGUGUCGAUCAGUACGUGGCCGAAGGAUCGAGUCUGGACCCAGUGCAACGCGUGACUUCGCAGAUCAUACAGACGGCCGUGAAGUCGCAACAGCAGCACAAGUCGCCAUUGCACGACAAAUAUCAACGGCCAACGCCGAGCACGGCCGCGGCGGCCGGCCAGCGCGUGGACACGGCGCAUGCGUACCACCAGCAGAGGACCAAUCUGGACCCGGCCACAUUCCGACCUGAAGACUCGCCUGGCUAUCAAGAGACCAACCAGCCGUUCGUCGGCGACCAGCUCAAGGACAAGCUGCACACGUCGCAUGCCGAGUACCAGGUCGUCCCUUCACAGCAACAACAACAGCAACAAUUCGUGCAGAACGCUUCACCCCUAGCACCAGUGGUUCCGUACACCCUUCAAGGCCCUGCACCGCCACAGCAGCCGACUCACUACAUGCUAAACGUGCCGCCCCUUCCAUCCCUGGGUGACAACUCGCCGCUGCCGCUGCUGCCCGGCCAACAGCCCUUACCCAUCACGCCUGACCAAGGGCCUAUCAUGAUACAGCUCCAGCAGCCACCGCAGCCGGUCCACAACCAUCAACAGCAGACCAACUAUCAGUAUCAGCCCGCGCAGAUGCACCAGCAGCAGUUGCUCAGUCCCAGCCAAGUGCAACAGUACCAACAGCAGCCGGUCAGGGUUCAGCCACCCGCGAAUUUGCCGCAACACCAACAGGCUGGCCGGUUGGUGCCCAAUCAACUGCAGCAGGCCGUUCAGUAUCAACCGCAACAGGCCAGAGUGGUCCAGCAACAGGUGUUGCCUCCUCAAUACCAACAGUUGCAGCAACAACAUUUGCAACAACAACAGCAGCUACUGCAACAGCUUCAACAACAGCAACAACAGAAAUUACAGCAGCAACAACAGAAAUCACAGCAGCAACAGCAGCAGCCACAGCAGCAGCAAAAACUUCCGUAUCAACAGUCCGUGAUGCAGCAGCCGUACGUGCAACAGGUCAACAUACCGGCGCAUCCGUCGCAGCUGCAAGUCAGAGGGAAUGUGCAGCAGCACCAUGCCGUGGUACCGAUGCAGUACUUUCACCAGCCCAAUCCGGCCACCACGAUUGAGCAGUACCGGCAGCAGUUGCAGUUGCAAGCUGCCGAAUCCCAAACGUUCCCGAUCUUCAUGUUGCCACCUCGUGAUAGUGUUUUCAGUUUUCAAGGGAAACCUUUUCGGUUCUAACGAACGUUUUGUUACUGUCGUAAAACCACUACAGUAUUAGUACAAGCGACUCGUUCGUUCGUAAACAGUUUUCUCAUUGUCAUAUAGCAUAAGAAUAUAAUAGAUACCCGUUGAACAACUUUUUUUUUUAUUGAAUACAUUUUGUUUUCUAUCUAGACUUAUCGUAUUAUAUGAAAUGUUAUUCACUGUUAUUGAAUAGAUAUUUAUACUAUUAUUAUUGUAUUUAUAACAUUUUAUACUCAUAUAGGUAGUAGUGUGACUUAACAAUAAAUAGUAUAUUAUAAUAAGACCAGUAUAGAUACUAUUGACUUCUUGUAGAAAACCAUGUGCGAUUGAAAUUAACGAUAUUACAUAUCGCCUGGUAAAUUAUUAAUUUCUUAAGUUUCUUAAAAACGUUUCAAUAUUGAAAAUAAUCUUAAGUUUUUGUAUGACAUAAAUGCAUUAUAACAAAGUUUGUAUCAAAUAUUUUACAAUCAUGUAUGUUUAAACAGUAAAUAAUCGACAUUAGAGUUAUCAAUGU